UGAUCGAUAAUCUGUACGGACUUUGAAGCUGCCCACGAGAAGGGCAUUUUGGGCAUUUAAUAAAAAUAGCUCGCGCGGAGAGAGCGGUGUGUGCAGGAAGCGUAGAGUGUCCAAAGAAGAGAGAGAAAGUGUAGUGAGAGAGAUGGCCGCGCCAGCGAUUCCUACUGCUCUCUCAUUCCCGCCUUCCACUCUCCCCCGCAAUCACCGCCCCUCUUUCUCUCUCUACCCCCGCUUACACCACAUCUCUCUCUCUACCCUCCUCAAACCGUACUCUCUCUCUAGAACCAGAAACUCCCCCACCUCUCUGUACGCCUCUCUAAGCAGUGAAACCCUCGAAUCCGAAACCCUAGACGCAACUGUAAGCUUCGACAACCAGACAUCGCCUGAUUUCACCACCUUCAUUGUCAAAGCAAAUAUUAGAAUUGGCCUCCUCCAAGUCAUCACUAGGGUUUUCAAAAUCCUCGGGCUCACGGUCGAGAAAGCCACUGUUGAAUUCCAUGGUGGCUUUUUCAUUAAGAAGUUUUCCGUAACGAAUUCACAUGGCCAAAAGAUCGAGGAAGAAGAGAGCCUUAAAAAAAUUUCAAAGGCUCUUUUGGAUGCCAUGAAUGAGAAAGGGCCAGUGGUGACUGCCCCAUCGAGGGGAAUUUCAACUAGGAGGGCUCCACCAUCGCAGGCUAGAAGAGCUGAGGUUGUGUUCAAAUUAAUGGAUGGGUACCUUAAAAAUGAUUCAGUUAGUCUUCAAAAGGCCAUUCUGGAUCAUGUUGAAUUCACGGUUGCAAGAUCUCGAUUCAGUUUUGAUGAUUUUGAGGCUUACCAGGCCUUAUCUCAUAGUGUAAGGGACCGCCUAAUUGAACGUUGGCAUGAUACUCAUCAAUAUGUCAAGAGGAAAGAUCCAAAGCGCGUGUACUUCCUCUCAUUGGAGUUUCUCAUGGGUCGAUCUUUAUCAAAUAGUAUUAUCAAUUUGGGCAUAAAGGAUCAAUGUGUAGAGGCCUUGUCCCAACUCGGCUUUGAAUUAGAAGUACUGGCAGAGCAGGAAGGGGAUGCUGCUCUUGGUAAUGGUGGCCUAGCUCGUCUUUCAGCAUGUAUUAUGGAUUCGCUAGCGACAUUAGACUUUCCUGCCUGGGGUUAUGGACUACGAUACCAGUAUGGAUUAUUCCGCCAAGUAAUAUUGGAUGGGUUUCAGCAUGAGCAGCCUGACUAUUGGCUCAACUUUGGUAACCCUUGGGAGAUUGAGCGUGUUCAUAUUUCCUACCCAGUGAAGUUCUAUGGGACGGUGGAAGAGGAGAUUGUUGAUGGCAAGAAAUUCAAAAUCUGGGUUCCUGGAGAAACGGUGGAAGCUGUUGCCUAUGACAACCCUAUUCCUGGAUAUGGGACGCGGAACACCAUUAAUCUUCGACUUUGGGCUGCCAAACCCAGCGACCAGUAUGAUAUGGAAUCCUUCAAUACUGGAGAUUACAUCAAUGCUGUCAUCAAUAGGCAGAAGGCGGAGACGAUAAGCAGUGUUCUGUAUCCUGAUGAUCGUUCUUACCAGGGGAAAGAACUUCGUCUUAAACAACAAUACUUCUUUGUCUCAGCAUCAUUGCAAGACAUUGUUCGCAGGUUCAAGGAUUUGCAUACUAAUUUUCAGGAAUUCCCUGACAAGGUGGCUUUGCAGCUAAAUGAUACCCAUCCUUCUCUAAUGAUAGCUGAACUAAUGCGGGUUUUGGUUGAUGAAGAGCAUUUGGAUUGGAAUGAGGCAUGGGGUAUUGUGGGCAAAGCGUUUUCCUUCACAACUCACAUUGUUGUCCUUGAAGGGCUAGAGAAAAUUCCUGUUGACUUACUAGGGAGUCUUCUACCACGGCAUUUACAGAUCAUAUAUGAUAUAAACUUCCUUUUCGUGGAGGAUCUUAAAAAGCGGUUUGGAUCUGAUUAUGAUCGUCUUUCUCGGAUGUCAAUUGUUGAGGAAGGUCCUGUGAAGAAUGUUCGGAUGGCAAAUCUGUCGAUUGUUUCUUCCCACACUGUGAAUGGUGUCUCCCAAGUACACUCACAAAUUUUGAAAACAAAAGUAUUCAAGGACUUUUAUGAGCUUUGGCCAGAGAAAUUUCAGCACAAGACAAAUGGGGUUACUCAGCGUCGCUGGAUUGUGGGGAGCAACCCUGGCUUAUGUGGUCUUAUCACAAAAUGGCUUGGUACAGAAGCUUGGAUUCGGAAUGUCGAUCUUUUACUGGGUUUGCGGCAACAUGCUGCCAAUCCUGAGUUGCAAGAAGAAUGGAGAAUGAUUCGAAGGGUUAAUAAAAAAAGGCUUGCUGAUUAUAUAGAAGCAAUGAGCGGUGUCAAGGUAUGCAUCGAUGCCAUGUUUGAUGUACAAGUGAAAAGAAUUCACGAAUAUAAGAGACAACUGCUUAAUGUGCUAAGCAUCAUCCACAGAUAUGAUUGUAUAAAGAACAUGAAAAAGGGCGACAGACGAAAGGUUGUAUCUCGUGUUUGCCUAAUUGGAGGAAAAGCUGCUCCAGGAUAUGAAAUUGCAAAGAAGAUUAUCAAACUUGUGCAUGUUGUUGCUGAAAAGAUCAACAACGAUCCUGAUAUUGGAGAUCUUUUGAAAUUAGUUUUCAUACCAGAUUACAAUGUAUCUGUAGCUGAACUGGUUGUACCUGGAAGUGAUCUUUCCCAGCAUAUCAGCACGGCUGGUCAUGAAGCAUCUGGGACUAGUAGCAUGAAGUUUCUGAUGAAUGGGUGCCUACUUCUUGCCACUGCUGAUGGUUCAACCCUUGAAAUCAUUGAGGAAAUAGGUGAAGAUAACUUGUUUGUCUUUGGAGCCAAAUUACAUGAAGUCCCAUCUUUACGGGAUAAAGCUCGCGACUUUGAAGUACCUCGACAGUUUGCACGUGUGGUGAGGAUGGUUCGAGAGGGUUACUUUGGGUUUGGAGAUUACUUCGAGUCUCUGUGCGACUCCAUUGAGGGUAAUGGUGGUGACUUCUAUCUCCUUGGAAAUGAUUUUAUGAGCUAUCUGGAAGCACAGGCAGCGGCAGACAAGACAUUUGUCGAUCAAGAGAGGUGGACACAAAUGAGCAUUCUUAGUGCAGCUGGUUCAGGAAGAUUUAGCACUGACAGAACAGUUGGGGAGUAUGCAGAGAAAACAUGGGGGAUUACACCUUGCAAGUGUCCUUGAAGAGAGAGAAAGAGAGAGAUUAUGUUCCAGAUAAAUGUUUCGGAAAAUCCUUUUUCAAUGGUAAUGCUGUUAUUCAAAAUGAUUUUUUUUUUGUUUCUUUUUGCAAAUAAUGGGCUCUAUGUCGGAAGUUGACAGUGAGAGGCAUGGACUGGUUUAGUAGCAUAUGGAAACUUGCUUUUGAUCAUGUAUUUAUUCGUUUCAAUAAAUAAAUUUUAUUUUACGUGCA